AUGCUUAGUGUUAUUCUCAUCCCUUGUGCCCUGUUGGGCUUGGUAUACCUAGCCCUGAAGACAGGGAGACGGGCCAAGGAUCUUCCUCCAGGGCCUCCAACAUUGCCUAUUCUUGGGAACCUUCACCAAAUUCCAAAGAAGGGAUCCUACUUGAAGUUCACCGAAUGGGCCAAGCAAUACGGCGGUAUUUAUUCUUUGAAAUUGGGCCACGGAACGGCAGUCGUCAUCACCGAUCGCCGCAUCAUCAAAGAGCUUGUAGACAAGAGAAGCGCGAAAUAUAGCAAUCGACCAGCCUCAUAUGUCUCGCACGAUCUCAUGACAUCCGGCGAUCAUCUCCUGGUCAUGCAGUACGGACAACAGUGGCGAGCCGCUCGGAAACUAGUUCACCAAUAUUUCAUGGAGUCCAUGGUGGAGAAGCAUCACAUUGAGGUUCAGAAUGCCGAAGCAGUGCAGAUGCUCCGUGAUAUGUGUGUGCGUCCCGACCAACACAUGCGCCACCCGAAACGCUUCAGUAACAGCAUCAUUAUGAGCUUAGUGUUCGGUUUGCGGACGCCCUCAGUGGAUACUCCACAUAUGACUCGUCUAUAUGAUAUGAUGGAGAACUGGUCUCAGCUAAUGGAGCCUGGCGCGACCCCCCCAGUUGAUAUUUAUCCCCUGCUCCACUACAUCCCACAGAAGUUCUUUGACAAUUGGCUCUCGAGGUCGCGAAAUGUUGGGGACGAGAUGAAUGGGCUAUAUGAGAGUGUGCUGAACCGUCUCCAUGAGCGUCGCAAACUGAAAGGAAGCAAAGGAUCUCUCAUGGAUACCCUACUAGAUCAAGGAGAACAACUACACCUCAGCCACCAUCAACUCUACUUCCUCGGUGGUGUAUUGAUGGAAGGGGGUUCAGAUACCACAAGCUCCCUUGUCCUUGCGUUUAUCCAUGCUAUGACGAAAUGGGGUCAGGUCCUUGAGAAGGCGCAGAAGGAGAUUGACAGUGUUGUCGGUGAAGACCGAACUCCGGUUUGGUCGGAUUAUGCACAACUGCCGUACGUGGCGACGAUCGUGAAAGAAGUCCAACGGUGGCGGCCUGUUGUACCUCUCGCAUUCCCACAUGCUGCUGCUGAAGAUGAUUGGAUCGACGGUUACUUCAUCCCCAAAGAUACUACAGUCAUCAUCAACUCGUGGGGCAUGCACCACGACGAAAAGCGCUUCCCGAGCCCCGACACGUUUGAUCCUGACCACUACAAGGGCCAGACAGCGCUUGCUCCCGAGCUCGCAGCAGCGGCUGACUAUGAAAACCGUGAUCACUACGGCUAUGGCUCUGGGCGGCGUAUCUGUCCCGGUAUCCACCUCGCCGAACGGAAUCUUUUCCUGGCGAUUGCCAAGCUGAUCUGGGCAUUUUCCAUUGAGGCCAGCUUGAAUGAAGAAGGCCAACCAAUUGAGUACGACUUCCGCCCGGAGACUGGCUACAGCGAGGGGUUUUUGGUUUGUGUGAAGGACUUCCCUUGCGUGAUCAAGCCGAGGUCGGAAGCGCGACGGGCAACUAUCAUGAAGGAGCUGGAGGUGGCCCAGCGAGAUGUUUUCUCGCGGUUUGAUAUUUAA